UCCCGACAGUUUCAGCCGUAAUUGUUUAUUGUUGCUCGCCUCUGAUAACGAUGCGCGAUGCCGGAUGCGGUGCGUUACUGAGCUUCUAAAGUUGUAAGUGUUCUAACCUUAUAAUUAUGCUGCUCGCUGUCGGCGUUCAUUGUGAUUUACAGAAUUAGUGCAUUGCUCCUUAGUCCUUACUUUGAGUACAAAUGUUUAUUUUUUCAUCGAAAUCUUUAUGAUUACACGUAUUAUAGUUGUAUAGGUACAUCGAUGUUGUAAUAAAAACUGUAAACAAUUAAACUCUAUAGCAGGAAGUACUAUUUGUGCGGUCCUGUCUUCAAAGGUCACACCGCAUCAAUUGUCUUAUUCUGUGGUCACACCGCACUCAAGGUGAUCCGUGUGAGCCAUUACAAUUUGACUUGUUGGACAAAGUAUUAUAAUUGUUUUUUGCUUCGAGAAUCGAAGUUCAAGAAAACGCUGUGCCACUUUGCAAAUAAAUUACCUUCUUUAAGUAAUUUAAAUAUUUUUUAAAAACGAAAAUAAGGAAAAAUAAUAAAAAAAAAAUGGAUAAUAAGCAUAUUAGUAAUACAACUGAAAAAAAUGUUGUAUCCCAUGCAACAAUAAAUUAUGAUUAUAGUGAAGAAGUUUUUAAUGCUAUCAUAAAUAAUAUCAAAGCAGAAAAUGUUUCACUUUUUCAUGACAAAUCAAGUGAUUCUGAAGAUGCUACUAGUAUAGUUUAUCCUCCAAGUUCUCCUUCAACUGCAUUGCCGAUAAUUUACAGAUCAUAUGAAAAUAAUUCUAUAGAUGAAAAUACUAUCAAAACCUACAAAAAUAAAAAUAUUGCUCGUGUAAAUCCACUGAAGUUAAAACGUACAUUAAAAAAUAUUCCAUAUUUUCGCAAUAGGGAAAAAUCUUCUAGAAAAAGUUGUACAAAAAAUGUUUUGUUGGAUAAGUAUAUUAUAUCUGAUUCUGACGGUUCAUCAGAUUCUAUAAUUUUAUCAGAUUCUGGAAGUUUAUCAGAUUCUGAAAUUAUAGUACGUAAUACUAAUAAUUUAUUGGAUUCUGAAAUAUUUUCUGAAACCGACAGUGAAGAAAUAUUUCCAGUUUAUGAAAUAAAAGAAACAGACUAUUUAAUAAUUGGGCCAGAUGAUGAUUUGAAUUUAGAUUCAAACUGUGAAUUUGUAAAGUCUGAAUUGGAAAUAAACCCUAAUCGUGAAAUAGAAAUGGGUUGUAAAUUUGUAUCUGAUAGUGAGAAAUCACUAAAUGGUAAAAUUUUAUUGAAUAGUGAAAAUAUAUUAGAUAGUGUGAAAGACUCAAAUUGUGAAAUGGUGCCUGAUGCCGAAACUAAAUCAGAUAGUGAUGAGCAAUUCCAUAUAAAUACCUCUGUUAAUGAAGAGGAAUUCAAUAAUAACAAAUUAUCUACCUUCAAAAUUGUAUCCAAUGUUCAAAAUGGAUCAGAUCAUGAAAUAUUAUUGGAUGGUGAUAAAGUCGUAGAAAUUGCAUCUUGGAGUGAGAAAGGAAAGAUAAAAUAUAAAAUUAUAUCUGAUGAUGAAAUUAAACCUGAAGGUAAUAAGGGAUUCACAUGUAUAAUUAUAUCCGAUAAUGAUGAUGAAUUCCAUAAUAAAGUAUUUUCUACCUACAAAAUUAAUGUUCUAAAAGGAUCAGAUAAUAAAAUAUUAUUGGAUGGUGAAAAAGUCAAAAUUGUGUCUAAUAGUGAAGAUAGAAAGGUAAAAUAUGAAAUUGAAGCUUCUGAUAAUAAGAUAUCCAACAAAUGUAUAGUUAUAUUUGAUAACGAAAAGGAAUUUAUUUAUAAAAACUUAUCUACCUUCAAAAUUGUAUCCAAUGUAAAAAAAGAAUCUGAUUGUGAAAUGUUGUUAGAUGGUGAUAAAGUUUAUGAAAUUGUAUCUGAGAGUCAAAAUGAAAAAAUCAAAUAUAUAAUUGUAUCUAAAGAUGAAAUUGAAUCUUCUGCUAAUCCCAGAUUGGGAUCCCAAUGUACAAUUAUAUCCAAUAACAAAAACAAACUCAAUAAUAAAAAAUCAACAUUCAAAAUUUUAGUAAAAAAUGUUCAAAAACGAUCACAUUCUUUAUUAUUGGAUGAUGAAAAGUCUCAUGAAAUUUUUUCUCAGGGUGUAAAUGAAGAGGUAUUCAAUAAAAGUUAUAAAAAAGUAUCAGACAUAAAAAUCAAUCUUAAUAUUAAUAAUGGUUCACAAUUACAAAUUAAACAUUCAUUAAAUUCAUUUCCUUGUUUAGAACUGACUGUUUAUGAAGAUGCUGAUGCUGAACAAGAAUAUUUUAAAGAAUUUUAUUCUGCAAUAAAAAAUUAUUUUCAAAAUACCGAAAAUCAGUCGCUAAAAGAAUUAUAUUCCCAGAUAGGCAAUGAUGCAGACAUGCUUCUGUAUCUGAUGGAAACCUUUAGAAUGUUUUACAAUGAGGAACUGGUUGCUUCUGAAACAGCUGAUGAAUUUUCUAAAGCCUAUUUAAAAGAACAAAAAACAAAUUUAUACAAUUGUUUUGGUGACCCUAAAGACAGUAUUAAUGCCUCAAAGCCAUUUAUACAUCCAUCAUCGCAUCUACAUCAGUACAGCAAAAGAUUAUCUUCUAAUAUUGAACCACUUACAAUCAAAGACAUCACAACUACUACUAGUACAUCUACCAGGAGUAAUACAAUUACUUCACCAAAAAAUAAUGUUGCCUUAAGCAAGUGUGUAGGAAGUACUCAAUUGAACAACAUGAGGACUUCAAAAUUAUUACCUUUAUGUAAUCCAGUAAAAUUAAGAUUUAUUCCUUACUUGUCAAAUGAUAAUCAAACAUUUCCACCUUCAUUUGUACAACAUCAAACUCAAAUAUGUAAUUUUCAGCUGCCAGUUGCAAUUAAUAAAAAAGCAGUUAGCAAGAGUAAAAUUUUAUUACCGCAAAUAUGUAAACUAAAGAAGUAAAGUUUUAUCACCGCCAAUAUAUAAAGUAAAAAGCAGUAACUGCAGUGAGAUCUAUCAACUAUAGUAUGAGCCAUAAAAACGUGCGGAUGAUUUUAGCGCUCCCAGUGGCGUUUUUUUCGGUAGGGCUAUAGCAGAUAUAUAGCCCUACAAAAAAAAACGCCAGGGGUGCAAGACUCAUCUGCAUGUUUUUGUGGCCUGUACUAUAAGCAAACAAAACCUCCAGAUCUUUAUGACCUAACCUUAUUGGACAUUCCAUAUAAAAAUAUUGAUUGAUAUAAUAAUUCUACUAAGUAUAUAUUGUUAAAAUAAGUUGCAAAUGAUAUUGUAAAACUUGCUUUUGGAUAACAAUUAUUUUACUAGUAUUUAAUUGCUGACUGAUUAUACAACAUACUUUUUAAAGUAUAAAGUAACUACACAAUAAGAUAAAUAAGUAGAUUUAAAUAUUAUUAACAACAAUAUUGUACCUACGAUUUGUGUAGUUUUUAAUCUUGAAUCUUUUUGUCUAUAAUAUAAAUAUGACACGACAAAUUAAAAUAUAAUAUUAUAUUUUAUUUUAAUUUAUUUUGAAAUGCAUAAAAAUUAAAACUUAUGUUUAUUUAUUUAUUUUUUAAGUUAUAAAAUAUAAAAUAAUAAAUUGUAAAUGGUAUUGUAAAACUUUCUUUUAGAUGACAAUUAUUUUUCUUA